AUGUCAUACUCUUUGACUCAACAGCUCCUUGCCUCAGACGAGCAGGGCUACAAGCGAGCUACUCAGUCCGAGUUCCUCCGCCUCGCAGGCCACGGCAAAGCCUCGAAGGAACUCCUUGGUCGCUGGCUUGCCAAUGACCGUCUUUACAUCCACAGCUACUGUCGCGGCCUCGGUCGUUUACUCGGCUUCCUUCAGUAUCCCGACACCGUGCAGCAAGGGGUUGAUCCUGGUGCUACAACCCAGCUUCUAGAUUGGAUCGUCGCAGCUCUUGUCAACAUACGCCGAGAGGAGAAGUUCUUUAUCAAAACGGCUGCUGACUACGGUAUCAACGUCAACCUCGAAACUGGUGCCGAUGGCCGUGUUGAUUCAAGCACCAAGCUUGAGGGACUUCGACGCUGGGAAGCUCUCUACGCUUCUGUGGCCCCGAAUGAGAAAGAUGUGCUCCCAUGGCUUGAAGCAGCGGUGAUAUACUGGGGCACCGAGAAGUGUUACCUGGAUGCUUGGUCCUGGGCUAAGACGCAGCUGUCUGAAGGGGAUGAUGGCAGCAACGAUGCGGAUGGCGGUGCCGUGAGAAAAGAGUUUAUUAACAAUUGGACUUGCAAGGAGUUUGUCGACUUUGUCGAUGAUCUUGGGAGGAUUAUCGAUGAUGCCGUUGCGAAGGUGGUUGAAGAGAAGGGCGAGGAUGUUAAGGAGAAACUGUUCGAAAGGGUCCGGGGGAAGUGGCAGGAUGUUUUGGAAGCAGAGGAGACUUUCUGGCCAGCUGCAUGA